AUGUGGGUGUUUGGUUAUGAGUCCCUCAUCUGGAAGAUGGACUUCCCCUACCAAAAUAAGCUGGUUGGUUACAUCACAAACUACAGCCAGCACUUCUGGCAAGACAGCACUGACCACCACAGGUUCCCUGGCAAGCCUGGAAAAGUUGUGACCCUUGUUGAAGAUCCUGGGGGCAGUGUAUGGGGUGUUGCUUACAAACUACCAGUAGGAAAAGAAGAGGAAGUAAAAACAUACCUUGACUUCAGAGAGAAAGGAGGCUCCAGAACUACAACAGUCAUUUUUUAUCCAAAAGAUUCCACAACAGAACCAUUCAGUGUUUUGCUCUACAUUGGGACAUGUGACGAUCCUAACUGUCUUGGACCUGCACCUCUGGAAGAUAUUGCUGAACAAAUUUUUAAUGCAGCUGGUCCAAGUAGAAGAAAUACAGAAUAUCUUUUUGAACUUGCAGAUUCUAUUAGGAAACUUGUGCCAGAAGAUGCAGAGAACAUCUCUUCUCUUUGGAAAGGAACACUUAGAUGGAAAAUAGAACCUGAGUUGCACACACAGUCAGCAACUCACCCAAGGAGUUUUACUCUUCAGAAAAUAAUAUCAGUAUAG